CAGGUUUUCAUGUUAUUGCUCCCUCGAAAGUUCAACAUCUCUCAUUAUUCACUUCUAUAAAACAUAGAACAUAAAUUCAGAAACUCACCCAAUCUCUCGUGUAGGUCUGAGCUCCUGAAAAUCUCAUUCUCAUCAUCAUUAUCAUGGUGGGUCACCGGACGAUGAUCAAACCCAGCCGGAGCGAUGAGGUUUUAGACGCCGAUCAGCAGCUGCAAAUUAGCAAUCAAGUCAGAGCGCAUUUCGAUUCUGUAGCCCCAAAACGAACCACAAAGCCCAACCGAAGCGAGUCCGAUUCUACCCCAGAAAGCUCUAUUUGCACCGAAAACUUUUCUGUUCCCGAAUUCCAAAAGUUUCAAUCUCUUCAAUCUCAAUCUCAGGUUAUGUUCACUGAUCCAAAUACCCUGGAACAAGAAGAAUUUGUGGAGACACGGUACUACACAGAGUUGGAUUCUAUUGACAAACAACACUACGCGGUCCAAUACUUAUUUUCCUCUUUCUUUUUAGUUGUUCAAGAUUUGUAUAUUUAGCAUGUUUAGUCCGGUGAAACCGAAAAGACGUAAUUGUCUGACAUAAUUUAUUAAUUUAGUUAAUCAUGUUCGAUCGAUC